AUGCUCCUACUGAUCGUGUCCAAUGCGCCAGCCUUUGCCGUGGCGAGCCGUGUGCGCGAUGUUUUCCCGUCACCUGACUUGACCGCGGAGCAGGUGAUUGAGACGCACUUACAGGCUUUACAAGCGGGCGAUAAUCGGCGAAUCUACCGCUUCUCCAGCCCAGAGAAUAAGCGUUUGCUGGGCGUACCGCAUUUCGAAGACGAGCGAGUCUGGCGGCAACCGCCUGAGUACGAGACGCUCCCCACAUACAGGCCGCUCGUGCGGUGCGCGCGAUUUGCCAUCCUCGGCGCGCUUCCGCUUGACGCUGGGCUGAGCGCUCUCAGCCGCGAGCUGUUCCGUGUCCGGUGCUGGCCCACGGCGAGCGGCCGGGCGAGCCUCGGCGGGAUGAGCUUUGCACUCGCGGGCCGACCUGUGGAGUUCGACUUCUUACUCGCGAGACAGCCCUUUACUCGCCCCGCGUGUUACGAGGACGACCCUAUGCAGGGCGGCUGGUCAGCGGAGCCUCCCGGCGCAGGCUGCUGGAUGGUCCAUCACGUGACGCGCUUGGACGAUCGCGACUUCGGCAGCGAGGACGAGGAUGGCGGUGACGGCGACGGCGGGCCGGGAAUAGCGCUAAAAGUGCCCGCCACCGCUGCCAUUGCGCCAUAUCGCGAGCAACCCGUCGUCUCAGCAGUAUGA